GCGUGAGGCAGACAGUGAGAGCGAGUGUGGCGUCCCACAAGGUGCUGGCUAGGGUCUCCAGCCCCUGCAUGCUCACUUGUCCAACUAUCCUUCACCUUCCCUGGCAACCACCAGGUGUUACCGCUAUCAAUGUGCCCGUUAUAUAGGAGCUAGUGAUGCUGCGAUGUGAAAAGUACUAACUGCUACAUGUGUCAUGAUGUCAAUCCUGGCGAAGAAAACAGUAUAUGAUAUCCUCGUGUGCACCUUGUGCGGAGAGGUCACCUGGCUGCUCGAGUCGUCAUAACAAACUUUUUAUGUAUGAGAUAACUUCGCUUGACACGUAAUUUGCUGCAUCGUAUGAGUGUUGAUGUACGCUGCUGUGUACUGGGCAAGGUCAGUUGUGUCACGUAUGCCAUGGCAGUUUUAGCCAGCUCUGCCAAUAGCCCAAAGCUAUAAUCAAGAGGUUUACAAGAAGAGAGAGAACAUUGAUGUAACCAUCUGUCUGCUCUCUCCAGAACAUUUAAUAUAAAUUCAUAGACAUGUGAGGAAUAAGGUCCUAUGAUUAUUUAAGGUAAUGCACUUCCCAGGCUGUUAAUAUUUACCCGAUGCAGCACAGAAGGUGAAGACUGGAGGGCACGGCGUCACUUGAGACCGUAGCAUGAUAAGGAGCGCUCCUCCACACCAAGAUGAUCAAGUGUGUUCGGCUACGGGGUGUGCGGUGGCGGGCGGUGCGUGUGGGCGGCCUGGUGCUCCUUCUGUUGUGGGCGUGGGUGGCCUUCUCCCAGCACUCCCACAACCUUCCUCCUACCACCCUCACUGCAGGUGACAGGUUUAGUCGAAGUCCAAAUCUCCAGGUGGCUGCCCCACCAGAUGUAGUGCAGGUUGCUGACAUUGGACAUGUUAACCUCCAUCCACAUGCCCUGCCACACCCCUUGGAGGAGCCCUUUCAGAUAAAGGACCAGGACACUAAAAAGAACCCAAUGCUAGAUGUAGCCCAAGCUGCACGUGUUGAUAGUGACAACAUAAAUCCAAGAUACAAUGCAAAGGCUGUCAAGGACAAAUUGGAAGAACAUAAACCAAAACCAUUCAGAAACAAGAUUUUUUUUCAGCAAAAGAAACUAGAUAUUCCUGGAGAAGACUAUGAAGAUUAUUAUGAUGAUCCUGAUUAUGAAGACGUUUCUGAUGACGAGAAACAAGGAGAUGAAGAAGGGAAGUGGAAAGGCAGGAAUAGAAUUGAGGAUGAUAAUAAUGCUAUUGAAGAGGAGGAUGAUCCAGGUGCUCCUAAGGUUGACGUUAAAUUAGAAGAUAUUGGUGGUAAAGCCUUAAAGAAAAAGAAAGGUAAAAAGAAGCACAGGCAUCCUAAGGUAAAUAUGGAAGCAGAGAACAAUGAUAAAAAUUUAGUUAGGGUAAAUCGGCAAAUUAGGGUAGACAGUGGCAUGCCAGGAAAACACAAUUUUGAGGCAGGAGUGCAAGGUCAAAUGAUGUUAGAAAAUAAAAAAGUUUUUGUUGUAAAUGAUGCGCCUGAUUUAGAAGGUGACUUGGAAUCUAUUGAAAAUAUUAUGGUUGCACGAAGGUCAAGAGUUAAGGAAGUGUGUAGAAAGUAUGGCCUUGGACCCAAUGCAGUUCCUGGCAGACCAAGACUAAAACAUCCACCAACGCCCAACCAUGAAGUUUUCUACAUCGACAGACCAGACCGGCUUGCAUGGUGUCCUAUAUACAAGGCAGCAUCAACAUCUUGGCUGUACAACUUCCUCCGGCUAGCUAGUCUGUCUGAGAGUUACGUUCACAACACCAAGGAGCAAGUGUCUCAUGUUGCCAGAAGAGUCUGGCCAUCCCUCGACUAUGAGAAUGCUAAACAGGCUUUAAAGGUGUGUCUGAAAUUCAUGAUUGUGCGCCAUCCAUUUGAGCGACUGGUUUCUGCCUACCGGGACAAGCUCGAAAAUGUGAACAUUGGCAAGGAAAAUGGUGUUGAUCACUUCUAUCAGAAGUAUGGAAAGAAAAUUGUGGCAAAAUAUCGGCCAGCAGGCCAAGGUCCUCCUCCAAAUCGUUACUCUCAGGAUAUGGAUGAUCCAAACUUACCAGCUCCUAGUGGCAUUGAACCAACCUUUGCCGAGUUUGUUAAGUAUAUAAUUGAUACAGAUUUAAUUCAUUAUGCAGAUGACCACUGGAUGCCAUAUUACCUUUAUUGCACUCCAUGUCUCAUUGAUUACGAUGUCAUUGCCAAAUUUGAAACACUUAACCGAGACCAAAAUUAUAUAAUAGAAAAAAAUCAUCUGGAAAAGAAGAUUAAACCAUCUUGGAAGCAUCUGACAAAAGGCAAGAAGACUUCAGAAACUGUUCAGAAAUACUUUGCCACUAUCACCAAAACAGAAUUGACGAAGUUAUAUGAAAAAUAUAAGCCAGACUUUGAGUUAUUUGAUUAUUCCGUUGAUGAAUAUCUUCACUAUGUUCAACAAUCUUAAUUCUAAACACGUGGGAAAGUUUUACGUGGGGUAAAAAAAUUCAGGUGCUUUAUACUGAUGUACGCUUAUAAAUAUAAUCCUAUUGUGGGAAAAUAUUUUAA